GCCUAUUAAUAUAUAUCUGUUCUAUAUAAAGAUUGUAGCGAUUUUUUUCAGUGUACCUAGAUACGUCUGUGAUCUAGAUCUAUAGACUCUAUAUUAUUCAUAGAUGUCUAGUCUACAUCUAGGCUUUUAACUAGAUCUAGUCCAUCUAGAACUGGUGACCUUGGUGAGGUUUUUUUUUUUUUUCCUUUCUUUUUUUCUGUAAAAAUAUGAAUCGGAAAAUGUAGACAACUAUGGCGGACCCAGUUGUGUUCCUAGUUUGUUUGAUUUUCAUUGCAUUUUUGGGUCCAUUGCCAGCUCUCUGCUCCACAGGUUGUCCAGAAACUUUCUUUGGCUGGAAAUGUAAACUACAGUGUAAGAACUGCCUGCUAGGAGCCUGUGAUCCUGUAACUGGUAAAUGCAAUGGGGGCUGCAAACCUGGUUACUAUGGUGAUCAUUGUUUAUUUGAGGAUCAGUAUAAAUAUGAUUCUCGAGGCCUACAUUACGCAGGUCAUGUGAACAAAACUAAAGAUAAUGCUGUUUGCCUAAAGUGGAGUGAUGUCAAAUGGACAGUAAAUAAUAAAACCAUCAAGUUUGAACCCGACGACACACCAGAGAACUACUGUAGAAACCCAGAAGUGCCUAUUGGAGGCCGACUCAGUUUUAUCUGGUGCUUCACAGCUCUCAAUGGUUCCCUUGGGGAGUGCUCUCUUUCAAAAAAAGAUUGUCCAGACUACCUCUUUGGUGAAGGCUGUAAGACUCAGUGCCAUUGUAGAAAUGACUCAGAAAUAUGCAAUCAAAAUGGCUACUGUAAGUCUGGUUGUGCUGAAGGUUGGCUUGGUCAUAUGUGUCAGAAAAAAUGCAAUCUUGGCAGAUUUGGUUUGCAGUGUAGAUCAUCUUGUGACAAUUGCUUAAACAAAGAUUGUAAUCCCGAGACUGGACAUUGUCGUAGUGGCUGUUUAGAAGGUUUUAUGGGGAAUACUUGUCGAACACCUUGCAAUGGAACAACCUAUGGUGCCAACUGCAACAUAACAUGUGGCCAUUGUCUGAAUAAUGAAGCAUGCAACUCUAAAACUGGUUCCUGUCCUAGCGGUUGUCAGCCUGGAUAUAAAACUUCACAUGGCAGUGAGUUGACAUUGUGCAAUGAAGCUUGUAGAGGAAGAUAUGGAGUGAAUUGCCUUACAAAGUGUGGUCUAUGUCAGGACCAUGAGAUGUGUGACCCUGGGACAGGACUGUGUCCCCAUGGAUGUCAGGAUGGAUAUACAAGUGACAAAUGUGAUCAAAUUUGUCAACCGGGAUACUAUGGUAAAGACUGUCGUUUCAAGUGUGGCAAAUGUAAAAAUAAUUCAACUUGUGAUGCCUUCACUGGCAAAUGUCUGGUUGGUUGUCAAGAUGGACAAGACUGUCCUUAUGCACUGGCAGGAAUCCAAGCAGAAGACACUAACAAAGCAACAGUGGCUAUAGGCACUGGCCUGGGAAUAGCAGUUGUGGUUAUUUUACUGUUUGUUACAUUUUGUUUAAUAUACAGGAAUCGACGUCAGAAAAACGUGAGUGUCUCCUCCAAGUUUGUUGUGAAUGGGGAUGAUACUUUGCCCCGGGAAGAAAGCUGCCACUUAUUAGGUGAUUCUCGAGUCGGUAAAGAAUUACCAUCUUCUGUUAUGGAUGAUGAUGAAACCAAGGGGCCCAAUGGCACCACAGAGCCCAUCUAUGUUAAUGUGAAUGCUAGGAAACAGACAAGUCCAGUGCCAGUGUCUGAUCUUUUCAGCUACAUCUCCAAGAACAAAGAACAUAGCUGGGAAGGUUUUAAACGCGAGUUUGAGGAACUUCCAAUGGGUCUACUGGCUCAGUGUGAGGUAGCCAGAAAACUGGAAAAUAAAGUCAAGAACAGAUAUGGAAACAUUGUUGCAUAUGACCAUUCUCGUGUAGUGCUGGAUCCUUUGCCCAACGAACCAUUUUCAGACUAUGUUAAUGCUAAUUUUAUGGAUGGUUAUUCCAAGCCUAGGGCCUACAUUGCUUCACAAGGUCCAAACAAGAUCAUGAUCAGAGACUUUUGGAGGAUGGUGUGGCAGCACAAAGUCUCCAAGAUUAUUAUGUUGACCAAUCUAAUGGAAGCUUGCAAGAAAAAGUGUGAGCAGUAUUGGCCAGAUGAGGGAAGCCAGAAGUACGGGGACAUAACUGUGCUCCAUGUCAAUGUCACCAAGUACAGUGACUUUAUUAUAAGGACUUUUGAAAUCUCCAAGGUAGCGGAAAUGGAAAACAAUCGUAUUGUGAAACAGUUUCAUUUCACAACUUGGUCAGACCAUGGAGCACCAACAUACCCAACAACUCUUCUGGCAUUUAGAAGAAAAGUUAUGAACUUUAAACCAGAAGACUCUGCUCCAGUUCUGUCCCAUUGCAGUGCUGGCAUUGGGCGUACUGGCACUUUUAUAGCACUGAAUUACUUGUUGGAGCAAGCUGUGGCUGAAAACCAAGUGGAUGUGCUGAGGUGUGCCCAGUUGAUGAGGGCCAACAGAGUCAACAUGAUACAGACUUUGGAGCAAUAUGUUUUUGUGUACGAUGCUGUGCUUGAAGCUCUGAUGGCAGGCAACACAACUAUAUCACGCUCCAGUUUCCAUACAGUUUAUGAGAAGAUGCUCAUCUCUGAUGGGGGUGACACGUCUCCGAUGGAAAAACAGCAAAAUGUUCUACAACUUCUGUCUCCCACAAUAGAAAGAGAAGAAUGCUCCACUGCAUUUCAGGAACAAAAUAUGGCAAAGAACAGAUUUAAGAAUAUCUUACCAGCCAACCGUAGUCGUCCCUACUUGUACACACCUGUCGAGGGCUGUAAUGAAUAUAUCAAUGCUGUUUAUUUGUCAAGCUACACCCAGAAAGAUCAGUUUAUUGUCACACAGAUGCCUCUCCCCUCCACUGUAGCAGACUUUUGGCGGAUGCUGUACGACACCUCAUCAGAUACAAUUAUCAUGUUGAAUGAGUUUGAUAGAAACGAUAAAACGUGUGCCCUGUACUGGCCAGAAGAAUAUGGUUACACCGUGGAGCAUGGACCACUGAGUGUUGAGCUGCUGUCAUCCUCUGAGUCUGACCCUGAUGUCACCAUUAGGAUCUUCAAGCUGAGCCACUUUGAUAAGGGAGAGGAAAGAGCCAUCAAGCAGUUUAUGUUCAAGUCCUGGCCAGACUACCAGACUGUACCCAAUUCUAUCAAUCCUCUACUGCGCCUCCAUCGUUUGGUCCAUGAUUGGUUAAAGCAGAACAGCAAGGGCCCAGUCACUGUUCACUGCAUGAAUGGUGCUAGCAAAAGUGGUGUGUUUGUUGCUGUAAGUCUACUCUUGGAAAGACUGGAGCUAGACUAUGAAGUGGAUGUCUAUCAAACAGUUAAACAGAUCCGCAUCAACCGCCCUCAGCUGAUUGAAAAUCUGGAACAAUACAAGUUUUUAUACCAAGUUGUACAGGAGUACAUGGACCAAGAGUGAUCUCUUCCUGGCACUAGUUCACUAGUAAUUGCCCAUUUUUUUUUCUUAGUGUUCAGCUUGGGAUAUCUGGUGCUUACAUUCUCAAAGCAAAUAUUUUGAUGUAGAUAAUUGUUUAGCUGCAAGUACUUAAAUAUACUUGGACAAAAACAAAAAAAGUAAGUUAUGCGAAUGUUUUAUGUUAUUUAUAUGAAAACAUUCACCAGCCAUCUGCAGAUAUUUCUAUUGUUUCAGUGUCAGAUGUGUAAAUCAAUGUUUAGAAGUGUUCCUGUGUUUAGAAGCUUUGGCACAAUGACAUUUUUUUCUGUGUUUCAUUGAAUUCUAUUUCUCUGAAAACAGUUUCACUGGCUGUGUUUACAUUUUCUUGACUAGAAAGAAAGAGAGUGAUGAGUCUGCAGUGUGUUUGUCACAUUCCAAUGUUUGUAAAACCAUUCCUUGUAAUCAUGUUUUUUUGUUUUUUUCUAUCAACACUUCUAAUUUUUUUUUUGUGUGGCUUUAACCUAUAUCAUUCCUUAACAAUUUUCUGCGAUACUUUUAAAAAAUUGGUCCAUUACAAAGCUCAAAGCUUUUAUUGCCAAGACUGUUGUAUAUGUAUUUUAUUAUUUUGGGAUUUGUUCUUAAUUGACUUUUGAAACUUUCCAAAACAUGUUCAUAGCCUGUGAUCAGGAAAACUUCAGUUCAGCUUACAAAUUUUUUUUAAAAUUAUUUUUGGAACAGCUCAAAGUUUUGUCUUCACAAAAUGUAUUUUUGUUCUUAGCUCACAUUCAAGGUUGUGAAAGUUUUUUCAUGGAUGAUGUGUUUACAUUGUUAGUGAGAGUAUAUUUUUUUUGUACUAAGAACAUGUUGUUGUUUUUUUUUGUUUCACAUCUCUAGACAAGCUGUUUAUGAGAAUGUUACCAUAUUAUUGUAUUUCUAUCAUUUGUCUUAGUUUAACUUUUUGUAACCAUGUCAAAGUGAAGGGCACCACUGAUAUUGUCAAUCCCAUUUCAUCAAAUCUCAGUACAAAAUUUAUUUUAAAUUGCUAGAUCUAAACUUUUUGUAUUGGUCCAAUCCUUUUUAUUUGGCCCAAACUUUAUUUUUUAUGCUCCAUAAUUGUCUGUUGGCCCUAACUAUUUGGUUUCAAUUGUAACUUUUUAUUAUGGUCCAAACUUUUUGUUAUGACCCACCAUUUAAAACUUGUUGAAUAUCAUUCUGUGAUUUUAUUCCAACAAGGGAACUAACUAUGUUACAUGCAUAAGCACUCAGUUUACAAAUAAUUAUUUUUUCUCCUCAAAAUGCUACUUACCAAGGCUUUGUCUUGUAAUCAAAAUGUGCUUUUAAAAUUCUUUAGAUUGUUAUUCAGUGGCAGUGUAUUAGUUAAUGUUUUGUUUUUGUUUAGAUUUACAUGUAUGAGAACAUAAAAGCAUAAAAAUAUUACUUUGUUCUUAAAACAUUUUUAUUUUUUUAAAUAAAUUUAACUUUAAAAAAAAUUUAAUAUGAAAAAUCUUUGAUUUUUAGAUGAAAAAUAUUGUUUUCACUUGACUUGUAUCUCUUAGGUCUACCAGUUCAUCUGUUCUGUAUUAUACUAUGUCUUUGAUUUAGUGUCUCACUUUGAGGAUGGAGGUAAAAUAGAAAGCAUUAUGUUUUUUACAUAGUAUAUUCAUGUUAUCCUUAGACAAUGUUUUUGAAGCUACGGUGAUUUGUGUGAAUAUUUGUUAAUAUUUUGAUUGAUAAACGUCUUUUGAACUUGUAUUGGUGAUAAGUCAUAUUUGAGUAAUCAAAAUGUACCCAAUCAACAAUUGCAAUUAAGAAAUUAGCCAUCAUUUUUGGUAUAUUGUUAUGCAACAGUAUAUCAGAUUACUUUAGCUGUUUGUUCCUGAGAAGAAGAUUUAAAAAAAAACAAUAAAUUUGUUUGGCUCCUUAAUCUGCAUUAAGACAUCUUAUCUUUACCACAUUCUUGUGAAUUAGAAAAUUUCCUUGGAUACUGUACAUUUGAAAGUAUCAAACACUGUCCAAGUUCCACCACUGAGCCAUCGUGUUCACACUUAUUCUGUACUUAUUCAGACUAUUGGUUGUAUUUGACUCUUGUAUGAUGGAGACAGCUUUUCAACUCUGGCUGUUGGUUAGGGAAAGAUAUGUGUGAAUAAAUCCCAGUUGUUGAAAAAAAAAA